AUCCCCUCUCGCUUGCACCUUCCAAUGGCGUGAUCCUCCACCCCCUCCUCACCUGUUUUCGUCUUCGCCAUCGAGAUGUCUUCGACGGUGGCGUCGCUGACUCCACUACUCCUCCGGUGGUGGUUGUGGGGUCGGCCGGUUAGGCGAUGGCGCGGGGAGCAGCGGCGCAUUGGCGGACAGCAGCGCAUGUGCAGCACAAAGCGGGAGCGGCUGCAGGUGCAGGUGGCGGUCCUGGUCGGAAGGAGGCAGUAGGGGGCGUAGGAGUGGUGGUGCGGCUGGCGGCGGGAGAAAGGAGGCCGGGCGGCGCCGGAGGCGGAGCUCGGCCACGAGCGUGGCACGCAGAGGCUGUUGGUGCCGUGGUGCAACACGUAUGGCGCGACUGCAAGGGGAGCCGACGGUGGCAAGCAUGGUCGUGGGGGCACAUGAGGGGCGCAGUGGGAGAAGAGCGAGAGAUGGGGAAAGAGAAGAGAGGAACGGGAGGAGGAGAGGGAGAGAGGCGCGGCGAACGGGCGUGGCUCGCCGGCCGGCGGCAGUGGCUGUCGGGCCAACCGGAGGCGAGAGAUCGGCGGCACACAAGAGCCCUCCCAUGGCGGCGGUGCACCUCCUAACGUCGUGAUGCAAGGCUCAGUAUUUGUCGAGGAGGGCAUCCAGCAGCGGCUAUGCAUGCUCGCCUACAGUAUCUGAAUUUGAGGUGAUCGUUUUCUUGCUUACUUCUGAAUCCCGGUAUAUGAUUUUGAGAAGGAGUUGUGCAAGAUGUCAAUAUUAUUGUGAAGAUGAAAAACUUCUACCGAAGGCUGAAAGCUUUAUAGUUUUGGGAUUCAUCGGUGGCUUCCAUGAAACAUCAUCUUUUGUUGAGUGUUGACGCCGUUGAUAUAUCUUUCGUAUCAUCUUGUUACGAAGAAGAGCAUGGAGCGGCGACGGUCCUAGCAGGAGCAGGGCAGCCACGACUUCUCCUUACAGCAACUUUCGGAAACGAAGGGAAGAUAGCCUAUAAAGCUAGGAGAGAAUAUCUGUGGUCAGGGACUACCAAAAGGCACUGGGCCGGGUGUACUGGUUCACAAGGUUGAAUACAUGCCAUCUACUUUGAUUCCGGUAUAUGCCUCUCUUUCUUCAAUCAUUUAUUCUUGCUUUGUUUCAACUUUCUUCUGUAGAUUUUACAGUACGCAAGUUUCAGUGUCCAAAAGUUGGUUUCAAAACUUCAGAUCCACAAGAUUGAUAAGAUGUGAUAUAUUUUUGGAAUGUUUAACUCGGUUGUUUCUAUUUACUUAGGAGUGGAGUUCCAACUCUGCCGGUAAAACAAGAUUAAGUGGUAAGGGUUGAAACCCUUUUGCAUGUAAAUGUUUAACUUAAUUAUUUAAGAUGGUCUAAACUUCUUUAGCUUGCAACUAUUUACUGAAAUUAUUUUAUGAGAGCUAUCACAGUGACACCAUACCUUGAGUACCACUUAGUACAUAUGAAGAAAUUAUGAUAAUUGACCUUUCAUUAUCAGAUCUCAUGGCAAUCAUAAUAUUCUAUUUUGCAGCUUCAAAUUUAGGAUAUUGUAUUUGCUUCACCAGCUAUAUAAUUGUACUGAUACAACUGGAACGCGAUAGUUAGAUUUUACCAUAAAAAUAUAUUCUCAGCACAGUAUUAUUACAUUUUAGAAUUAUGACUGCAGUGGUAUUUUGUGACUUGUGAGUGUCAGGUUUGAUGCAUAGAAACAAUGUGGUGUAUUUUUUAUGUGCAAUUCUGCUUGAGAAUUUCAUCCCCAUUAUGCAUUUUUCCCUUUCAUUUGAGUUAGUAAAGUGGUUUCUAAAUCUGUUCGAAGUUUGCAAGACCAAUAUAAUAUAAUCUAGUAAUGUUACUGCAAUGCCAUUGAAAUUUUUAUGGUGCUUAUCAAACUCUUUGACCUUGCAGACUAAAAUAUAAACUUCAUUACUCGAUUAUUAAGUGGUUUGAAAGAUUGGUUUCUCUAGCAAGCAGGGAAUUUUCCUCACUGUAUGGGGCGGCAUUCUGUUCUCCCUAUUUUCUCCUGAUGUUUAUGUUGGCACAACUUAAAUGCCAAGGCGCUUGAAUGUCUAAUGUCUAUUUUUAAUUUCUGCGGUUCUAAAAUUUCGUGAUGCCUCCCAUUGUACAAAUUGUUUGAUCAAUCUUCAUUUUCUUAACAACACUAUCGAAAAGAGAUACAAAUAUUAAAAAAAAUGUGUAUUACAGGUUUUCUUCUCUGUUAACUCUUGAAAAAAUUGCUUCAUAACUAGAACGAACGAGAAAUCUUUUCCCGCUAAGGCACGUGCACGAUUACUAUUCAAACUCAUCCGGUUGAUUGCCUUUGAUGUGUGACAUACACAUACAAUUGUGAUUUUUUUUCUAAUAAAAGGGUUUAUCUGCCAAUUAUGAAGGGAGAAAUUUCUUCGUACGAUUAUUCGUGCGUUGCACACGCUUACUAGUUAUUUUUUAUAAGAAUAUCAACAAUCUCUACGGGUGGAUCUUCCAUCCACCCCGCACACAUCUUACUUCUAACUAGUUUGGCUAAAUCAUGGGCAGCACAAUUAAUCUCUCUAGGAGCAUGCUCAAAAAAAAUAUGCGAAAAACCACACGCAAGGUGAUAUAUAUCAUCAAAAACCGCCGCCGAUAGACCGAAAAAGUGACCUCCAUUCUUCAUUGUCUCUAUCAACUCAAUGCUGUCAGAGUUCACCUCUAUGCGGUUACACCCGACUAUAGUUGCCAAAAUUGAAACCAAACCGUAAGGCCAGUGCCUCGGCCAUAACCGCAUCUCCGCACCAAUCAAUUCCUCCGUUUCCUGCCAUAACGAAUCUGCCAUUCGAGCCUCUGCUGAUACCGCCAUAAGGGUCCUUGAGUAAGUCUGGGUCAAAAGCUCCAUCCACGUUUAGCUUCACGUAGUUGCUCCUUGGUCUUUCCCAACCAUGCCGCUUGAUUAUCUCCUUUGCAUCACUCGCCAUACUAUAGUUAGGAACCAAAGUUCUGACUUCCAUUGCCUAGAGCUUAGGCUUCUUGACCUUUUCAUCAUGCACUAACUUUCUCCUCUCCCACCAUAAAUGUUAGGAACCAAUAGCAAUUGUUUUCGUUGAAUUUCCCAGACCGAGGACCACACAUUCUUCAACUGGUUGUAGCAAUAAAAAUUCUAGCACAACUUUUCCCGCAUAAUCCACAGCGCAUGCUUUAUCAAUAAGCAAAGUACAAACACAGUAACCGUCAUACCUCUUUAGCUUUUGCAUAGGUGAAUAACAUGUGUUUUGGCUAACUUUUUUUAAUAGAACAAGCCAAAGGUUAGUAGUGUGGGGAAAAAUUGUGUGACAAACUAUGGCAACGUAUUCAACCAAAACGUUCCCCAAAUUGCAUGAUGUACUGUACAACUUAGUCAGUUUAUUACUAUAAAGUACGUAGAAAAGUAGAAAAUUCGAAAACAAACCGAACAGGUGUAGUAUAGACGUGGCCGAGCCCAAGUCGGAGGACUUACCGACCAAGCAGUUCACUUGGGCCCAACAAACGAACCCACGCGAGAUCCUCAACCCGACCACAACUGCAACAAGGCCCGCCUCUCUCGCCGCCUCCUUGCUCCGACGAUCAUGGCUACCGCCGCCGCCGUGGUGGAUGCUGCCAACUCGAAGCCGCGGGACACGGAGCGCCGCCCCCGCCGUCUUCGCAGGGUCAAGAAGAACAGGGCCGCGGGCGCCAAUGCGGCAGUCGGCGAGGGCACCAGGGAGAGCGCCGGUCCCGACCCCCACCCCCAGGUGGAGGUGGAGUACGUGCCGGAGAAGGCCGACCUCGACGUCGACGACCUCCUCCUCGGCGUCUUCACGACCAUCUUCGAGAAAUUCAGCUUCACGGUCACCGCCACCGCCAAGGGCGAGGGGAACGAGAAGGAAGCAUCUAAUGAUGCCGCAAAGAAGAAGGGGUCCGAUGUUGAUUAUGAUGAGCAGGAUGCCCCAAAAAAGAAGCAGCUGCAGAGGAUGAAGAUUGCAGAGUUGAAGCAGAUAUGCAACAAGCCUGAUGUUGUUGAGGUCUGGGAUGCUACUGCCGUUGAUCCCGAGUUGCUUGUAUAUCUCAAAUCCUACAGGAAUACUGUGCCUGUUCCAAGACACUGGUCCCAGAAACGAAAGUUCUUGCAGGCGAAGCGGGGUAUUGCAAAACGACCUUUCCAGCUUCCUGUCUUCAUUGCUGCAACUGGAAUUGAAAAAAUGAGACAGGCAUACAUUAAGAAGGAGAACAGCAAGAGGUCGAAACAGAAACAGCGCGGCUGUACUCAGCCCAAAAUGGGCAAGAUGGAUAUAGAUUAUCAGGAUUUGCAUGGCGCAUUCUUCAAAUAUCAAACAAAACCCAAUUUGACUAGUCAUGGUGAUCUGUAUUAUGAAGGGAAAGAGUUUGAGGUGAAGCUUAGGGAAAUGAAACCAGGUAUGCUGUCCAGGAAGCUUAAAGAAGCUCUUGGUAUGCCUGAUGGUGCCCCGCCCCCAUGGCUUAAAAGCAUGCAGCUGUAUGGUCCUCCACCCUCUUAUCCUUGUCUGAAGAUCCUGGGUUUAAAUGCCCCAGUAUCUCCAGGAGACAGUUUUGAUGAUGCACCAGGGGAGUGGGGAAAUCCUCCUAUUGGCGAGGAAGAACCUCUCGAUCGCAGUAAGCACUGGGGAGAAUUGGAGGAAGAGGAGGAGGUGGAGCAGGAACCAAUGGAGGACGAGGAAAUAGAAGAAGGCAUUCGAUCUGUUGACACCAUCUCAAGUACUCCAGCCGGUGCCGAAACACCUGAUGUUAUUGACCUUGGGAGGACGCAGCCUGAGAGGCAGGCAGAAAGGCUAUACAAGGUUCUUGAACGGAAAGAAGAAAGGAUAGCCACUGGGACGCUGUUUGGAUCGACGCACACGUAUCGUUUUUAGAAACAGAAACAGCUGCUGAUGUUUCAAAUAGAUAACUCUGAACUAUUACUAUGUUUCAAAUAGACUUAUGUUAGUAUUUUUGUUGAUCUCACAAGGCCAGAGAAUGCGGCACAACUAAUUUGAAAAGAGCACGCCGGGUUCGAACUUUGAGGCUCAACUGCUUGUCCAAACACGGAGUUUUGUCUUUGUAUAUGCUCUUCUCUCACUGAAAUGCUUCAAAGAUUCGGUCACGAGAUUUGUAAACCGUC